ACGCACACUUCAGUUUAUUCUCACCUGUUGAAGACAGGAGUGCUGCUACACUGAGACACACACACAAACACACACAAACACACACACCAUGGAGAGUGUUGGGACGCUGCCAAGUGGAAUCUCGAUCUGCUGCUCACUCCCAGAUAUUCUGUUCCUUCCUGAACUUGUGUUUGGAGGCUUGGUGUGGAUUUUAGUAGCCUGUACGUACAUUGUCCCUUAUAACCCCCAGGCGUAUGUUAUGGCCGUGUCAUUGUUCUGUUUCUGCAUGACCUUCAUCUGGAUGAUGUUGUUCCUGUGUGGAGCUCAUCACAGCCGAUCCUCAUGGGCUGCUGCUGAUGUACUGUAUCAUGGUUUAGCUGCUUUGCUGUAUCUCAGUGCUUCAGUCUUUCUGGCCUAUGUGACCAUUUUGUAUGGACAAGGUUAUAACACUUCAACAUCGGUGGAUUUACUGAAAUCUUACAGACUGGACAUCUCUGCUGUGGUGUUCGCCUUCAUCACCACACUGCUGUACACCAUUCACACCCUCUUCUCUGGCAUACGCUGGAAGAGUUUUUAAACCAGGGUGUUUCAAAUAAGUGUGUGUGUGAGAGUGUGUGUAUGUGUGUGAGAGAGUGUGUGUGUAUGUGAGAGAGAGUAUGAGAGAGAGUGUGAGUGUGUAUACAGUAUGUGUGUGAGAGAGUGUGUAUAUGUGUGUGAGAGAGAGUGUGUGAGUGUGAGUGUGUGAGAGAGAUUGUGAGGGUGUGUGAGUGUGAGAGAGAGAGUGUGUGUGUGUAUGUGAGAGAGAGUGUGUGAGAGAUUGUGAGGGUGUGUGAGUGUGAGAGAGAGUGUGAGUGAGUGUGUGUGUAUGAGAGAGAGAGUGUGUGAGUGUGUGUGAGAGAUUGUGAGGGUGUGUGAGUGUGUAUUUCACCCUGUCAUUAGUUAAUAUAAAAUGAUGCUUCUGUAUUCACUGUUUGUGUGUAAUGGAGAAAACUUUUUUGUCUUUCCUCUGAGGAUUUAAUUGUGUCUCUGUAAGUCAGUGUGUGUUUGUAGAAAAUAAUAAACAUAAUAAUGACAUGUCUAUAAAAA